UAUCUUAUCUCAUAACCCAAAGACCGACGAGCUGUAUGGUAUAGUAGUACAUAUCUAGGUACAACCGAGCAGGUUCAAAAGAAUGAUUCCCAAAGAAGCGAUAGUACUGAGUUUAGUUCUGGUGGGCCUGUCGCCGGUUCUAAGUCAAACCAAUGGGGUCAGGCAGAACCUCAUCCAGUGUUACAACAGUUCAUACCUACCGGAAAUACAGAUAGCGGAUGGCAGACCACCCGCCACUUUAAACAUUUUGAUAGAAUUUAUAAGACGACUGGAAGACAACAACCCAACAAUAACUUCCAGGGAAUUGUCAGCACUCAUAUUACACAGACUUCGUCAAGAUGGCAUAAUGGGUACAAGAAGUACAGGAGUAACUGACCUUAGAUUUGGAGUACCCUUCAGUACGAAGCGAUUGGAGGCGUAUAAAUCCACUUUGAUUCUACAGAGAUUCCUGACGAACAUCACCGUUGAUUUGAACUUCGGCGACCUCGAACCUGCUGAAGUUUGUUCCCUACAUUUCCUCAUAUCCAGCACAGUAGAAAACAGAGUAAGAAGUGACGAAACUACCACAUGUUCAAGGUCAUCCCGGUACACGUCCAGAAUAUUUAGAAGAAAAAGAGAAGGAGAGGAACCUCCAGUUACCGAGGAACCUGUAAUCCCUGAUCUUCCCGAAGUUGAUGGUAACUCUGGAGAUGGUAAUGUUGAGGUGGUGGAAGGAGUGGAAGGAUUUGGCGUACGAUCCAUUUUAGGAAGCACUAGCGACGUUAGCCAGUGUCCUAUCGAACUAGGAGUUGUAUACACCAACCACGGUACGAUCAAGGCUGGUCAAGUCCUUGUUGGGAUAGCAACAGGUUUCAACGCUGAAACUGUUUCUGGGAGCGAUAACAGAUACGCCAGUACGAUUGCAGGAGAAAUAGCGGAAGCCGCCUUGGCACAAGCCACUACAACCAUAGUCAUAGGAGCUAGCGGUGGAUGGAACAGCACCUUAAACCCCAGGUAUUUCUUCCUACAAAGAAACACCCAGCUCCAAACCACUGACGCAGAAAUAAGAGGAUCUUUGGACGGUUUAUACAUGGCUUUAAGAUUGGACUCGUGGAGGUCGCAGUUUUCCGAUAUCAAAGUGUCUCAAAUUUUGGAUUUGUACUAUGCUUCUUACCAAAGGGGAGUAUUCGAUGAGUCCUUUAGAUCUUGCAACAGAAGUCUCCUUUAUACGGAACUGGUGGACCCGGAAACGCUUCGAGCUCAGAUACAGGCUUUCAUGGGUCCUUUGGAUGACGCUUCGCAAUACGGACAAACCGUUUCUUCAGCUGCUUAUGAAGAACUCACAACCGCCGCUUUGAGCAGCUUUAACAGCUACUUCACACAAAUGAACACCAACGAUUUAGCUUGUACUCCGGAUAAUUCAAAUAUUGAAAGGGUUGCAACCGAUUUAUUGAUUUUCCUCGACACCAGUUGGAAUUACAACACCGUACAAUCAAUUUUAUCGUACGUAUUGGAUAAUAUCGACGUAAACAGAUUUGGAAGCAGAUACACUAUUUUCAACGGACAAGAUGGGACAAAUGUUACAUCGAACAACACUAACAAUAUACUAGAUUUCUACAAGCAAUACAAUCAAACAGUUCAUACUAGAUUAUCCAAUGGUUUCUCCUACACAAGAGUUAUCGAGAUAAUAGAAACCAUUGGUAGGGCAAAAUUGGACAACAACACCUACGACGGUGCGGAGUCAACCAUAGCACUUUUGAUCCCAAGGACUACACCCACUGCCUCUGACAACACAUUCUUGACUCAAAGAAGAGAAAUUUUCAGGCAGUCCAUACCAGAUGUAACGUUUUUGGUACUUGGAACUGGCACUCAGAACGACUACAGCUCGAUUGUCAAUACUCCCAGUAGAGAAGUACUCAUUUUAACUGAAAGCACUAACGAGGAAACGCUUAAACAAUUCGGUCAGAACCUUGUGGAAAGGAUCCAGAAUGUACCAAGAUCCAUCAUAAAUCCAUCCUGUGGUUCUGCAUUCACUGGUUCCUCCAACACCUUCAGCGUGACAGACUUCGUGGAACCAAGAGGUGUUAACUACUACCGUAUUUCUCCAAACUACUUCUUCACUGGGGACGGUACAAGGAACUUGAGGAUAACCGAAAACAGUUACGGCAGCAUCGACGUUUGCAUCUCCAGAGAGCAAAUUAGACCCAACAACCAAACUGGGGACUGUGAAACGCUAAGGUCACAAGUCAGGACGAUUGACAUUUCCGGCUACUGUGGGGAGACUGUUACUGGGUGUUCGCCGAUCUUCAUUUCAGUAUUUGGAAAUACCACCCAAACCAGAUGUACAGAUAAUUUGUGCCGUUUUCCAGACAACGUCAAGUACACGAUAACCUUAGAAAAUGUCGGUUGUGCCAGUAGUGCUUUCCGCAUAUUAUCCAACUUUUUAGUUGUUGCGUUGUUAUUUUCAUUAUUGCGUUUUUAAAUACAAUAUGUCGCCCUAAUUUAUUUUUAAUGGACUAAAUAAUUAUUAACAGCAGCAGCUGCGUAAAAUGCCAUUUUUUAUAAAUAGUUUUAAGAAAUACUAUUUGUAAAGGCUAGUAAUGUGCCAAAAAAAA